ACACAAUGACCCCUUUCACGCCAGGGACAGACGCUAGAGGUCUUCCCUGAACGAUCAUCGUCGCUCAAGGUUACAUUGCAUCGAACAUCCUUGUCAGUCAUUUAUAUCAGGGGCAUGCCAUUGCUUCGACUGUCGGAAAGGAUGUCUGCCAUGCCCCUCCCCGCGGGGACAUGGUCUCAUUCCUUCCCCCUUGAUGGCGGCCAGCAUGCCAGUGUGAUUUUGUAAACCUCCAGUUCCAACACGUUGGUCGCUCACUUUCUGCCAUUUUUUGCUCCCUUUCCUAUCGUCGAGAUGGUUCGCUGGGGAUAUUUGGCAGUGUUAGCCCUUCCUUGUAUCGUGAGCUGUACUGGCUCUUCCGGGGCGAUCGACGACUAUGAUGUCCUCCAAUAUAUUAAUCCCCUCAUCGGGAGCGCUAAUGGAGGAAAUGUCUUCGCGGGGGCAACAAUCCCAUAUGGCAUGGCCAAGGCUGUCGCUGAUACGGACUCGGUAAACAACCAGGGAGGCUUCGCCUACGAUGGCAGCAGCAUCACUGGAUUUUCUAGCAUGCACGACUCGGGAACAGGAGGGCAGCCCUCUCUGGGUGUAUUCCCUCUGUUCCCCUAUGUUGCCUGCACAAACGACGAGGUCGAUGGCUGCGCGUACCCUAAGAAGGCCCGGAAGACCUCCUACGUCUCCGGAUCGGUCAAAUCAAGCCCUGGGUACUUUGGGCUAAACAUGAGCUCAGGUAUUCAGGUGGACAUGACGACUGCUCACCAUACCUCUCUCUUUCGCUUUCAGUUUCCCACUGACAAGCCAUCGAGCCCGUUGAUCUUGCUGGAUCUGUCCGACCUGUCCGAUACCCGCCAGGAUAAUGGAACUAUCUCGGUGGAUCCUACAACAGGCCGCAUGACAGGCCAUGCGCGCUUUUUGCCCAGCUUUGGAAGCGGCUCUUAUGUGCCUUAUUUCUGCGCAGACUUUCACGGAACCGCGGACAUUCGAGACAACGGCAUCUUUGUUGAUGCGCGGGCUAGUGCGGACGUCAAAAAUCUUACCAUAUCGCGUAGCAUAAAUGGAUAUCCUCUUCCGGGGGGUGCUUUUAUCCGAUACAAUUCUUCCCCGGACAAUAUGAUCCAUGCUCGAGUGGGACUGAGCUUCAUCAGCAGCGAGCAAGCAUGCGGAAAUGCCGAAGCCGAAAUUCCCGACUUUGACUUCAACAAGACCUAUACUGCAGCUGUAGACAUGUGGAAGCAGAAGCUGGCCCCGAUCCGUGUAUCACGGACUGGAAUCAACUCGAGCGUUCUCACCAACUUUUACAGCGGCAUCUACCGGACCAUGGUCAACCCGCAAGACUAUACCGGAGAGAACCCUCUGUGGAGCAGCACAGAACCAUACUUUGACUCAUUCUACUGCCUGUGGGACUCUUUCAGGUCCCAAUUCCCGUUUCUAACAAUUUUCGAUCCGGCGGCACUAACUCGCAUGAUCCGCUCGUUGAUCGACACGCAGCAGCAUCUGGGUUGGCUCCCAGAUUGCCGUAUGUCGCUUUGCAAAGGCUACACGCAGGGUGGCUCGAACGCCGACGUCAUCUUAGCUGAUGCAUACGUCAAAGGCAUCUCCGACGGUAUCGAUUGGGACGCAGGCUAUGCAGCUGUCCAGAAGGAUGCGGAAGUUGAACCGUACGACUGGUCAAACGAGGGCCGCGGCGGGUUGAUGAGUUGGAAAGCGUUAAACUACAUCCCCGUGGAAGACUUCGACUACAUCGGCUUCGGCACCCUCACUCGGAGUAUAUCCCGUACGUUGGAGUACUCUUACAAUGACUUUACUAUUGCACAAAUGGCCCGGGGCUUGAACAAUACAAGUGAUGCGGAGAAGUACGAGGGCACCUCGCAGUACUGGCAGAAUCUCUUCCGAGCAGACCAAACCUCCUACCUCAAUGGUACUGAUACGGGAUUCCAGGGCUUCUUUCAGCCCAAAUAUUUGAACGGUACAUGGGGACAUCAGGACCCUUUGACAUGCUCCAACAUUGACACAAGCGGGAGAUCCUGCUCGUUGCAGAACAACGCAGCGGAAACCUUCGAGUCCAGCAUUUGGGAGUACCAAUUCUUUGUCCCCCACAACAUGGCGACUCUCGUGACCUUGCUAGGUGGACCCGCCCAAUUCGUCCGCCGACUCGACUACCUUCACGACCAAGGCAUCACCUAUAUCGGAAACGAGCCUGCCUUCCUCACCGUCUUCCAGUACCACUACGCGGGCCGCCCAGGCAAAUCCACCGCCCGCGCCCACUUCUACAUCCCCCGAUACUUCAACCCCACAACCACCGGCCUCCCCGGCAACGACGACUCGGGAGCCAUGGGAUCCUUUGUCGCCAUGACCAUGAUGGGCCUGUUCCCGAACCCCGGCCAAAAUGUAUAUCUCAUCACCGCGCCCUUCUUCGAGUCCAUCAACAUCACCUCCCCCCUCACGGGGAAAACAGCCACCGUCAGCACCGUCAACUUCGACCCCACGUACCAGAACAUCUACAUCCAGUCCGCCACGCUGAACGGACAACCGUAUACGAAAAGCUAUGUCGGUCAUGAGUUCUUCACGCAGGGACAGGAAUUGGUGCUCGUGCUGGGACGGAAUGAAAGUUCCUGGGGCACUGAGGCUGAGGAUCUGCCGCCGUCGUUGUCGACGAGUCAGGUGCUACGUUAACUUUCGGAUGACUGGUUGUAGUUUACAGCGGACUGAGCCGUUAUGGGUUGAGUAGAUUACAGGGUUAUACAGCUGCAUUGAUAGAUGGCUACAGUGUUAGAACCUGUCAAUCCAAUUGAGUAUCUUAACUGUAUAUCUCA